CCCACCACCACCCCUGAUAAGGGCCCAGUGUGGCCUGCCCAUCUCCGGGCGUGCAGCAUGGGGCUUCUGGGGCGGCUGCACGGCCGCUGCUCCCUCCUGGGCCUGCUCCUCCUGCUGCCCUCGGCCACCCCAUUCUGGCUCCUGAACGUCCUCUUCCCCCCAAAUGCCACCCCCAAGGCUGCCCUCAACAACAACACGAGACCCGUGGUGCUGGUGCCUGGCUGCUUGGGGAACCAACUGGAGGCCAAGCUGGACAAGCCAGAUGUGGUCAACUGGCUGUGCUACCGGAAGACAGAGGACUUCUUCACCAUCUGGUUUGACUUCAACAUGUUCCUGCCCCUCGGGGUUGACUGUUGGAUUGACAACACCAGGGUGGUCUACAACAGGACCACAGGGCAAAUGUCCAAUGCCCCUGGGGUGCAGAUUCGGGUCCCAGGCUUUGGCAAAACCUAUUCCGUGGAGUAUCUGGACCCCAAAAAACUGGCAGGCUAUAUGCACACACUAGUCCAAAAUCUCGUCAACAAUGGGUACGUUCGGGACGAGACGGUUCGGGCUGCGCCAUAUGACUGGAGACUAGACCCCACCCAGCAGGAAGAAUACUUUAAGAAGCUAGCGGGGCUGGUGGAGGAGAUGUACGCCACCUACGGGAAGCCCGUUUUCCUCAUUGGACACAGCCUGGGCAACCUUCAUCUGCUCUACUUCCUUGUGCAUCAGCCUCAGGCCUGGAAGGACCGCUUCAUUGACGGCUUCAUUGCCCUGGGAGCUCCCUGGGCUGGCUCCAUCAAACCCAUGAAGGUCCUCACUUCUGGGGACAACCAGGGCAUCCCGAUCAUGUCCAACAUCAAGCUCCGCGAGGGCCCGCGGAGGAGCACCAGCUCCCCAUGGAUGUUCCCUUCCCGCCUCGCCUGGCCCGAGGACCACGUCUUCUUCUCCACGCCCACCGUCAACUACACCUUCCAGAACUUCCAGCGCUUUUUUGCAGACCUGCGCUUCGAAGACGGCUGGUACAUGUGGCUGCACACGCGCGACCUGUUUGCGGGGCUGCCCGCGCCCGGCGUGGAGGUCUACUGCCUGUACGGCGUGGGGCUGCCGACCCCCCACACCUACAUCUACGACGAGGGCUUCCCUUACAACGACCCCGUAUCCAUCCUCUACGAAGACGGGGACGACACGGUAGCCACACGCAGCAUGGAGCUCUGUGCGCGCUGGCGCAAGCAGCAGCCCCAGCCCGUCCACGUUUUCCCCAUCCCCGGCCUGCAGCACCUCAACAUGGUCUUCAACAACCAGACGCUGGACUACAUCAACUCCAUCCUGUUGGGGGCUUAUCGAACAACGGACCCCCACCCGGACCCUGCCCCCUCCGGGGAUCCCCCCUUGGCUUCGACCCCCCGGGACACAGACACAGACACAGACAAGGUCACAGACCACCUAUGAGGAGCCGAGGGCCACACCCGGGGGCCGAAAGGGCGGGAGCACCGCGUCCCUUAGAAGCUUGGCUCCUCCCCAGACUUUGGGUCUCCCCUGCCUGGGACUAGGGGACAUCGGACAACAUGAAUCAAAAGCUCUUCUUUGAAGUCCAUCUCUGGAGUGACUAGGGAGGAAGCCCGACUCUCUGGAAGUGGGAGGAGGAGAACAAUAAUAAACAUUUAUUAAGCAUGUAUUGUGUGCAGAGCACUGUGAUAGGUGAUGGGGGACGGGGAGAAACAUAAAGUUUAGAUAGGAAAGCUUCGCUGUGGCUUUUAUAGUCCCAGAAGGAGAGGAGACACAAAUGUAGCUACGAUACAUAAUACUAUAUAAGUACAUUUGCAUAUGUAAAAAAGUGGCUUCCACCUCUAUGACUUCACUAGAACUGCGGGCUAUAAAUGUUGUCAACAAUACUCAAUUUCUAGACUUAGUGAUUUUUUUUCCCUUAGCCCUCAUCCUCUGGAAUUUUCUGCAGCCUUCUAUACUAAAGUUCUCUAUCCUUGGGAUUCUGAAACACCAGUUUCAUAAGAACAAACCUCCUCCACAGCCUCAGUUACUUGGGCCCUCCUUCCCAUUCUCAUUCUGGAGCCAUCAAAACCCAAAUAAUGAUCAAAAUAAGGUUCGGACUGAGAUCUAGCCAGUGAGAGCCAGAAUGAUUUGGAUCUAAGAUAUGGUCAGGUAGCUCCAUUUGAAAACAAUAGGCUUGCUUUUCCAGUGCUGAAUUUAAUUACAUGGAGCAAAAAGAGUUAAUUUGAUUUUUUUUUCCCCUUCCAGAUUGAUUUUCUUUUCUUUUAAGUAGGCAAGAGUUCAUUUUUUGCCUCAUUUUUUUAAAACCUAGCCUUAAUCAAACAAAAUGACAGCUGGGAAAGAUAUUAGCUUAGAAACUUUAAAGUUUCCCACUGCAUAACAGAGCCAUCUCCAGUUGUCCUAAUCUAUAUCCUGCAGUGGAACCAGAUGGUUCUGAAGAAGAUUGAAGUUGGUGACUUUGCACUUAGAGCCAAUUCACUUACAGGUCAAGCUAUCAUCUUCCUGGUGAACUCUUGGACCUUUUUGAGAAUAAAGGACAAACACCAACACCUUCAACCCUAUUUCCCAAUGUCCUGCUCCAGAUCUGCUCUCCCUUUCUCCCAUGCCUUCUGUGGAAUUUUUGUCCACAAAUCACUAACUUCCUUUCAUCUAAAACUUCUCUUGCCAUCUUGUAGCUCUCCCUGAAACCUGCUCCCUCUGGAUGUCACUACAUCUCUGACCACCCUUCAGGUACUGACUCUACUUUCUUAUCCCAGACUGGUUAUGGUAAGGAAUCAGAAUAUUCCUUGAAUCCAGUUGUCACUUCCAGAUCCUCUCUCUGUCACAAUCACUCAAGGAACCUCUUCAUUUGUGAACUUCAUGCAAUCAAAAUGCAUUAGUCAAUCAGGUCAUUAUCUAUUAAUUCCCAAGACAUUCUCCCUCCUUUCUAAGUUCAGUACUUGGCCCAUGGCCUCCCUUCUCCACCCCUCCCCAACCAUUGCCUUAUUUCUAGAACACUUCACACAUUUUUUAUUUCAAUUUUAUUUUCAGCUCUGAAUUCUCUCUCUCAUCUCCCACUCCUAAUCCAUGAAGAAGGCAAGAAAUAUAAAACUUAUAACAAAUGUAUAUAUCAUGCAAAACUGAUCCUUGCAUUGAUUAUGUUCAAGAUUUUUAAAAGGAAGGAAAAGACCAUGUGUCCAUCUGCACUAGAGUUCUACAUCAACUUUCAGCCUGAAAGUGGAUACUAUAUUGAAUCAUUCUUUGGAACUAUGGUUAAUCAGAGUUACCAUAUCUUUCGUUGUUGAUUAUCUUUACAAUAUUAUUUAUUGUGGAAAUCGU